CGCCUCAUUGCCAGAUCACCGUCGACGCUGAUUCCUCAUCACUCUUCACUACAAGUGGUAAUGAGUGAUAGAGUACAUUUUAGUACUAAACGUACCAACUGAUAGCGUUGAUGCUGAUCCUCUGCUGACAUGCGGUUUUUUUCUCAGUUGAGGAGAUAGAAAAAAAAAUCCAUCAAUAACGGCCGAAGUUGACAGAGUUGAGGCGCAUCGGAAAGAUCCACUUGACAUGUGCUGCUGGCUCUUCAGUCGAACGGAGGCGCGCGGUCGAUCGAGUUGGUGUUUGAACAUAUAAAUGAAUUAAAAUGAAGCAUCGAAGUUCUUCGGUGGAUUUAAAGGGAUUCCGAUCGAUGGCUAGCGGUUUGUUUUGGUUGAGCACGUGCCUUCCAUUCCUUCAUUUAGCACUUGGAUUUCAAGCCAAUGGGAACGUGAAACUUCCAAAGUUGUACGAAUACGAUGACUUCGAAGAGUGCCGUCGGGAUGAUCCUCUGUUCCAGUAUUGUGUCGUGCGAGCAACCGUUGAACCCGAUGAAAGUUCCGACGUUUGGCGGAAUAUCAGUUUUCUCCUUGCAGACACUCGGAUAUUUCCACACGAUCAGCUGGAACGGGGUGUCUGUCUGCGUAGCUGUCUGCAACGAAUUUCCUCUUUCGUCCAGAUUGACAUGGAUCACCUGGAGGCACCGUCAUCGAUCGCCGAAUUGAGCCAGCUCCGAGAGUAUCUCGGCCAAUGUGUCGACAGCGAGCUUAUGUCAACUUACCAUCUGAAAGCUUCGGUUUCAGAACUCCACUGCAGCACGCAAGAGGAUCUGCAUCAACCUUUCGGUUUCACCGAAAAAAUGUUCAUUGCAUUAGUUAUUGGGUUGACUCUGUUGGUCUUCGAAGCUACGAGACGAAAUUUCAAGGCGAUCACGAGCAAUUACGACGAGUUGAUACUACCUUUCUGUCUGUCCCGCAACAUAAGCCGGCUUUUCGAGGCAGGAGCUUCCGGAGGGCUCAGUAUCCGCUAUCUUGAAGGUCUCCGUGCAAUUGGAAUGUUGAUCAUCAUCGUCGUUCACUCGGGCCUGCCAAUGAUUCGAAUGCCACUGAAGAACACCGAAGACAUGGAAGCGCAAACAACGAGCAUAUUUUUUCCGAUCGUGAACUCAGCCAACACUCAUAUGAUAACAUUUUUCUUCGCUCUCGGGGGAAUGGUUCUGGCGGUGAGCUUUCUAGAUCACAUCAACCGAAAUUCGCAGUUCGAGUGGCGUUACCUCUGGAAGAAGCUGGCCAACCGGAUGGCUCGUCUAAUUCCGGCUUACGCCUUCAUGAUGUUCUACCAGGCCACGCUUUUCAAGCGGACUAAGCAGACUCCCGUUUCCUACAAGUUUGUAGAUUAUUGCGGAACCAACUGGUGGUCUAAUUUGCUGUUCAUCAAUAACUACGUUCAUCUCAAGGAACCUUGCAUGCAGUAUGGCUGGUAUUUAGGGGCAGAUUUUCAACUGUUUCUAUUGGGAAUGGCAAUAAUGACAAUCAUAUGGCGGUUUCCUAGAACGAAAAUGUUCAUUGUUGGAUCCAUGAUCCUCACCAGUCUUGUGACACCAGCUUAUGUAAUCUAUCAGGAAAAGCUCGACGCAACGAUGACUUUCAAUAUGAGGCACGCUCUCACAGAACUAAGAGAAUACAGAGAGUUCCUAACAUUCUACACGCCGGUCCACACCAACGCUGGAACGUAUUUCUUCGGAAUGAUUGCUGGCUUUCUGUAUCACCAUUUCUCCAAAAAUAACCUACAUGCCCAAGCCGAAGCUUUCAGCGUCCGGAUGUUCAACGUUGGAAUCGUUUUGUUUCUGACUAUCAACGGAUUUGUGGCAUUUUUGCCCUCGAUAACCCAACAGCAGAGGCCAUCGUUAUUUCUGGCCCUUUAUGGGGCAGCAUUAAAAGCAAUCUGGGGAAUCGGGCAUGCCAUUCUGUUUCUGCUGUUUGGUUUCAAGCGCAAUUCGAUGUUUGUGGCGUUUUUGGAACACCCGAUUCUUCAAGUUAUGGCUCGCCUUAGCUACGCCGUUUACAUCGUCCAAUACUCCAUCAUCUACAUGAUCUACAGUAAUUUGGAUGUACCGGUCACCUAUAGCGUGUUUAAUUCCAUAAUUUUCACAUCAGCAAUUUUGUUCCUAUCAUUUUUGAGCGCACUGCUACUGCAUCUAGUUAUUGAAGUUCCGUGUGCAGAAAUCAUCAAAAAAGUGAUCGACGGCAGAAUAAGCUUUAACAAGUUGCUAUCCACUAAAUCAAUGCAUAAAAAAGCUUUCUGAAGGUAGCUAGUUAACAAAUUUGCCAAGUACCUGUGAUCGGAGGAAAAUGGAUUUAUAGAAUAAUAAGUUUAGGAGAUUUUCGACAAUCUAAAGCUCGGGAAGAGAGAAAAAUCUAAUGAAAUCUAAUUCAACAACACAACGCAUUCAUUGAUCGCAUCGUCCAUAGUAUUAGGAUAUUUUGGCUACUACAACGAGUUGUUAAUAAGUCUAUAACAUUUUUUUGAGAGACUUUGAGACAGUCCCAAUUUUGUAAAGAUUGUUACUCGUUUUUAACAACAACCAAAAUAGUCUGGAUAACGCUUAUUUAUUCAUAAUUUACAAAAAAAUCAAAUUUGUUUGAAAAUUUCGUUCAGUGAAAAUCGUUUAAAGGAUUUAGAUACCCACA